CGCGUUGAUAAUGGCACGUUUCUUGGGCUUCAUCACGGCAUUGGCCGCCUCCGGCGCCUUUGCGAUCACUCCGGAGAAGCUUCUGAGCAAUCCCCGUCGGAGUGCAGCUAGUCCAAGUCCGGAUGGCACUUUUGCUUUAUUCACGGUCUCCCAGUACUCUUUCGAGGAAGGAUCAACAAGCCAUGGCAUCCAAAUGAUCGACCUCAAGACGGGUGCUGUUUCUGACUCUGGUUGGAAUGCCUCUGAGGUCAACGAAUUCCAAUGGAUUCCUGGCACGAGCUCUGGUAUCGUCUACAUCAACGGUACUGGUGAGACCCCGGGCGGUGUGUCGCUCUGGAUCGGCGACGUCAAGAGCCCUAAUGGAAGCACCAAGGUUGCUGAAUUGGAUGCGCCAUACUCUGGGCUCAAAAUGGCUAAGACCUCCACUGGCGAUAUUCACUUCAUGGUCAACUCUCUCGCGUACCCCAAUGGCACGGCUUACAACCCCGAAACUGCUGUGAAGGCUAAAAGCAGCGCGCGCUUCUACUCGGACAUAUAUGUUCGCCACUGGGACACAUGGCUGACCAAGGAGCGCUACAACGUGUUUGCUGGAGUGUUGUCCUCCAAUGGCAGCUACAGCCUUGCAGGCACCGGGCUUCGCAACCUCAACCACGGUGUCAACUUCACUACCACACAGUCGGAGACGCCCGUUCAGCCUUUUGGAGACUCCGGCGACUACGAGAUUAGCCCCGAUGGAUCCAUGUAUGCUUUCCUGAGCAAGGCGCCGCAACUGAACAAGGCCAAUUUCACUGCCAGCUAUAUUUACCUCGGUGCUUUCAACAGCUCAGAAGUCGCAGUAGCCUUCAAUGGCCCUGAGACUGAAGCCUUCAAGGCCGGCCACCAGGGUGCUUCUGGCCAGCCCUCGUUCUCGCCUGACAGCUGCAAGCUUGCCUACGUCCAGCAGGAUGAGGACUACUACGAGUCCGACAGGUGGCAGCUGUACACUGUCGAUGUUGCCGUACAGAGUGGAAAGGUUGCAACGAGCAACUGGAAGGCCUUGAGCGCUGACUUCGACCGCUGGGUACAGGGACCUCUGAUCUGGGCUCAUGACCAGAAGUCUAUCUACGGAACGGCCGAAGAUUACGCUCGCGUCAAGGUUUUCAACUUCCCCAUCACCGCGGACGGCGACAUCAAGCCUUUGACUUCCAAUACUUCGGUUUCGUCUUAUUCUCUGCUUCCCGACUCGUCUCUCUUGGUCACUGCAACCGCCAUCUGGACGCCCACUGAGUACUACAUCCUUGCGAACGGUACUAAGAGCACUCUCUUUGAUGCCUCCACUGUUGAUCCCAACCUCGCCGGCCUGAGCUCUGCCACCGUGUCUGAGAUCUUCUACAAUGGAUCCGACCCCAACCUCAAGCAGCAGCUUCACGCUAUGGUUGUUAAGCCUACCAACUAUGUCGCCAACAAGACUUACCCUCUUGCAUUUAUCGUGCACGGUGGUCCUCAGGGCGCCAACGCCAACAACUGGAGUAACCGCUGGAACCCGCAGACCUGGGCCGACCAAGGAUAUAUUGUCGUUGCACCCAACCCAACUGGUUCAACUGGUUUCGGACAGUACCUCACUGAUGCUAUCCAAGGCAACUGGGGCGGAACUCCUUACACUGACCUUGUCAACGCUUGGAACUAUGUCAACACGGAGAUGAAGUGGAUCGACACCGAGAACGGUAUCUGUGCCGGUGCUUCUUACGGAGGAUACAUGACCAACUGGAUUCAGUCGAAUGACCUGGGUAAGAAGUUCAAGGCACUUGUCACACACGACGGUAUCUCGCAGACCAAGGCUGCGUGGAGCACUGAAGAGUUAUGGUUUAUUCGCCACGACUACAACGGCUCUGUAUGGGAGUCUGACAGUUACGACAAGUGGAACCCUUUCAACCACAUUGCAAACUGGUCUACGCCCCACUUCGUCAUCCACAACACCCUCGACUACCGUCUGCCCGAGUCCGACGGUCUUGGUCUAUUCAACGUUCUCCAGGCUAAGGGCAUUCCUUCGCGCUUCCUCAACUUCCCAGACGAGAACCACUGGGUGCUGAAGCAGGAGAACAGCUUGGUCUGGCACACGGAAAUUUACAACUGGAUCAACCACUACUCCAAGGGUACUCCUCUGGACGACUUGCCAAUUGGCAACUAG